AUGGCCUUCGCUGGCGUAUCUCUCAUCGCCGACGGCAGGCUGUGCGCCUCCACCGAGUCUGUCUUCGACUCCGGCGCCGACAGCGGAUACCACUUGCUCGUUGUUGAAGGCUACUCGCGCACCAAAGAGACAACUCCCAACAGGAAGUGGAUCCUGUCUCGUCCUUUCAUUGUUGGAGGCUGUCGCUGGACGGUCGAGUACUACCCUAAUGGUUAUGGCAGUGGUGACCAAGACUUCAUCUCGGUUUUCCUUGAACUCGACGAAUCUGUCAGGAACGAAGUUCAGGCUCACGUUGCCUUCAGUUUCAUUGACCAACCUGAGUUGCGAGUGUCAAAGCUCAUCCGUCAAAACCAACCAUGUUACUUCCAUGAUCACUGCUGUAAUGUUGAUGAACAGCCAGCAAGAUUUGUGACAAAGGAGGCUUUCGAAAGAUCAAGCCAUCUCAAGAAUGACAGCUUCGUCAUACGGUGUGAUGUCAUUGUCAAGGACGACGAAGAUGAUGAGGACUAUUAUGAAGAGGAGGAGCAUGAGCGUGCUCGUCCGUUCAUCAAAUUGCCGCCGUCCGACUUGCCAAGCAAUUUUAGCGAUCUGCUCCUAAGCAAGGAGGGUGCCGACAUUACGUUCGAGGUUGGCAGCAAGAAGUUGGCUGCACACCGGUGCGUGCUUGCAGCCCGAUCUACCGUCUUCAAGAAACAGCUCUUUGGCACCAUGAGUGAGGGCGCUGUUACACCAGGUGUCGUGAAGAUAGAUGGCAUCGAAGCAAAUGUCUUUGCUGGAUUGCUUACUUUCAUCUACACUGAUGGAAUGCCUGACUUUGAUGAUGACAAAGGUCAAAAGCAUGCAACAUGGCUGCUGCAGUUGCUUGAAGCUGCGGAAAGUUAUGAUCUCCAAAAGUUAAAGUUGGUCUGUGAAGAGAAGUUGGCCAAUCUGAUAUGCGAGGACAGGGUUGCAGGCAUUAUUCUUGCCGCUGAGUGGAGACGCUGCCGCUGGUUGAAGGAGGCCUGCUUGGAGUUCAUCAAAACUCACACGAGUUUGCACAAUGCUGUUACAGCGGAUGCCCUGGAGCAGAUAAUCAGGACCUAUGUAUCACCCUAA